AUGUUGGCAUCCCUAUUUCCACACAGACAGCACACGUCUGCGAGGGUACAGGUUUUCUUUGAUGACACUGGGUGGGAUUUUGGGCGAUUAUUGCAAACUUUUCCUCCCCAAAUGGCGGAACAAAUAGGAGCGAUACCUCUAUGUAUAGAUGCCCCAGACCGAAUUGUUUGGAGGAUUACAUCAAAUGGUAACUUUACCACCAAACCAGCAUGGCAGCUUGUCCGUUCAAGGAGGAUUGGAUUUCAAUUAGCUUCUCAUUGUCAAUGUUGUUCUGAGAUUGAGACCAUCAAUCAUAUUUUCACAAGCAACAGAAUCUCUGACCAGGUAUGGCAGCACUUUGGAGACAUCUUUCUGAUACCUAUGACUUCAGGAGAGGGGGUUCGACAAAGGUUCCAAAGAUGGCGGUAUUCUGGGCAACAUGUUAGUCGUGGGCACAUUUGUACUAUCAUUCCUCUAUUGAUAUUUUGGUUUCUAUGGACUGAGAGGAAUGAUGCAAAACAUAGGGGUGUUCAUAUGGUGGCCAACUGUAUUAUUUGGAGGGUCUAUCGCAUGAUCUCUUUUCUUCAUAUGGCAGGACUGUUUCGAGUUGUGCAUUGGCGAGGGGAUGUGUCACUUGCACCCUUUUUUGGCAUUUCUAUGACCCAUCCUAUCCCACCACCACCAAUUAUGGAUGGAAUUGCGAGUGGUGGAGGCAUCAUUAGGGACCACACAGGAUACCGCAUCAAGGCAUUUUCAGCAUCGUAUGGCACAUGUUUGAUUUUGGAGGCUGAGCUCAGAGCCAUACUAGAUGGGAUUUUAUUGGCCAAAGGACUUGGGAUAUCAGCUAUUUGGAUUGAGGUAGAUUCAACGCUGGCCAUUCACUGCAUCACCAAAGGCGGAGGACCAUGGACGAUUCAGGGUAUUCUGAGACGGAUUAGAGACUUCAUUUGCUUUGACAGAGACACAGUUUCUCAAAUCUACAGAGAAGGUAACUAG